ACCCCGGAAAUAAGGGGCGUCAGCGCUUGUGGACGCGGCCACGUGUCACCGGUCCCGGUUUCCCGAGGCGGACGACCGUCCUACCCGGUGGCCGCAGCCGGGCCGUCCCAGUGCGCCCGCGACUCGCCCCGCCCGCAAGGAGCCAGGACCCGCCGCGCUCGCGGACGGUGAAGACGCCGAGACAAGUGGAAGAGUGUUUUCUCCUCUGGCCGCCAAGCAGGCACCCUCUGCGUCGAGAGGUAGGCUCACGCUCUGAGGUACUUGGGGUUGAGAUUCCAGCACGUGAAUUUCAGGGGCACGGUGUGACCCCUAACACCCUCCAAAGGCUUCUGAGCCGCGUGAGGCCCUGGGAGCUCUGGGAGAUGAAGUUCGGCUGCCUGUCCUUCCGGCAGCCUCAUGCGGGUUUCGUCUUAAAUGGGGUGAAGACGCUGGAGACGCGGUGGCGGCCCGUGCUGAGCGGCCACCGGCACCGCACCCUGGCCGUCCACAUCGCGCGCAGGGACUGGGAGGACGCGGCCUGGAGGGAGCUGCUGGCCGAGAGGCUGGGGAUGAGCCCCGCGCAGAUCCAGGCCUUGCUGCGGGACGGGGAGAAGUUCGGCCGCGGAGUGAUAGCCGGGCUGGUUGACAUUGGGGACACUUGGCUGUGCCCAGAAAACUUAGGUCCCAACGAGGCUGCGGAGCUGGAGAAUCAAGCCCUGCUGCCCAGCCUGCGGCAGAAGUACCUGACUGCGCUUGCCAACCCCCGCUGGCUGCUGCGGCCUGUCCCCAGGAGAGGCGGGAAGGACGUCUUCCAGGUGGACAUCCCCGAGCACCUGAUCCCCUCUGGGCAGGAGGCCUGACCAGACUGGGCUCUCGAGAGGAAGGUGACCGAGAGAGCAGCUCAUCGUGCCACCGUCCACUCGCCUUCACGCCCUGGACGUGCACGUCUGGUUCGGUCUGAAUCGGCCUGCCCUGGGGAGCGCUGCCCGCUCCGUGCCGUUCACGGAAGCAGACGUGCCCACCUGGUGCAGGGACAGGGCUUGGGACUCUCCUCGUGCGAUGCCGCUCUGGGCUCAGCGACAGAGUCUCGAGGACUUUGACCUUUAGGAAAAGAUGGCAGUGCCACUCGUUUUGGCCCUACUGAUUCUGGGUGGUUGAGAGAAAUGUGUUUUGAGAGGACCGGUUAGCGUUUUCCCCUCUUUGUCCUGGUCAGAACUCCCAGAUGUUUGGGCCGCGUCUGGGGAACGAACAAUGGGGGAAGGCCGGUGGCGGGCCUCGUGCACGCGGGAGAGGACCGCAGGCCCAGAAACAGGGCGCGGUCUGUCCUUGCAGGUGACCCUGGCCCUGUUGUAAAGUGUCCCUUGGCUCACGAAGCGUGCGUGUUAGACGUGCUGCCCGGCCACUUCACGUCCGAAGACAGGCUCCUAGACACAGCUCUGACGGCCAAGUGAGAAGGGCUGGCGCUCACUUUGUGGAAAUCUCUUACUUCUCUGUGGGGUUUGGGGUCAUUUGUUAGCAAGCUUUCUAGGGGUUGUUACCUCUGAGGGUGCUGGGCUUUCCCCCAGGUGUCGGCUGGAACGGCCCGUCUCUUCUGAGGCAGACGGCAGUGUGCACGCCUCCCUUGGUGGGUGGGGUGGCCCUCCUUUCCGGCGGGCCUCUUUGGGAGGCCCCUGGAUGGUGGGCUGGACACAUGCUCAGCUGCGGGUCAGAAACUUCUGGCAUCAUAGGGGGACCCAGGAGGAAGCCCCUUCUGCUUCAGGAUGCAUGACUAAUGGAAGGUGACACCCCUGAGGUCAGGAGCCAGGCUGUGCUGCCUCCUGACUGGCAGGCAAGGCCCAGGGGCCAGCCUGUCCUGGGCCGGCCUCAGCGCUCCCUAGCCACGUCCGUGGCUGAGCGUGGGAAAUGCUGCUGCUUCAAAUGAAAGGGGACGGCGGGGACCAAAGCCUGCCGGGGGGGGGGGGGGUUUCCAGCCUCGUCGGGCCCGUCCACUGAGAUGUGUGAAUAGGACAGACAGUUAGAAAGGACACAAGACUCGCAAUUCUCGUUCGAUUCUUUAUUUACUCCUGUGGACUUUGGCUUUUCUUUAUUAGAGACAAAAACAGAUUCUUGGUUAUGAGAUGGGG